CGCCGAGCGGAGGGCGGCCGGCACAGUCGGCUCGGGAUCGCGGAUCCGGGCGCAGCCGGGAGCCGGGCGCCAGCGAGCAACGGGCCGAGGAGCAGCCCUGGGCCCCCGCCUCCGGGCCGGCCCGAGCGCGCCCGGCCCGCCGCCCGCUCUCCACCGCCGCGCCUUCCCCCAGCCCCCCGCCUCCCUCCCUGGCCACUUUAACACUUGCCCGCCGCCGUUGCCGCCGAGUCCGCGGACAUGUCCUUCCCGCAGCUGGGCUACCCGCAGUACCUGAGCGCCGCGGGGCCCGGCGCCUACGGCGGAGAGCGCCCGGGGGUGUUGGCUGCCGCAGCUGCGGCUGCCGCCGCUGCCUCCUCGGGCCGGCCAGGGGCCGCGGAGCUGGGCGCGGGCGCGGGCGCGGCAGCGGUCACCUCGGUGUUGGGCAUGUACGCGGCGGCCGGACCUUACGCGGGCGCGCCCAACUACAGCGCCUUCCUGCCCUACGCCGCGGAUCUCAGCCUCUUCUCCCAGAUGGGCUCGCAGUAUGAACUCAAGGACAACCCCGGGGUGCACCCCGCCACCUUCGCUGCUCACACAGCCCCGGCCUACUAUCCCUACGGCCAGUUCCAGUACGGGGAUCCCGGGCGGCCCAAGAACGCCACGCGCGAGAGCACCAGCACGCUCAAGGCCUGGCUGAACGAGCACCGCAAGAACCCCUACCCCACCAAGGGGGAGAAGAUCAUGCUGGCCAUCAUCACCAAGAUGACCCUCACGCAGGUCUCCACCUGGUUCGCCAACGCGCGCCGGCGCCUCAAGAAGGAGAACAAGGUGACGUGGGGCGCACGCAGCAAGGACCAGGAGGACGGCGCCCUCUUCGGAAGUGACACGGAGGGUGAUCCGGAAAAGGCCGAGGACGACGAGGAGAUCGAUCUGGAAAGCAUCGACAUCGACAAGAUCGACGAGCACGACGGCGACCAGAGCAACGAGGACGACGAGGACAAGGCUGAGGCGCCGCGAGCGCCCGCAGUGCCCACAGCCCUCGCCCGGGAUCAAGGAUCGCCACUGGCGGCCGCUGACGCUCUCAAAACCCAAGACUCUCCUCUAGGCUUGGUUAAAGAGGCCCAAGAACCCGGCGGCACGCGCCUGCUGAGUCCGGGCGCGGCAGCGGGUGGCCUGCAGGGAGCGCCGCACAGCAAGCCCAAGAUCUGGUCACUGGCCGAGACGGCCACCAGCCCGGACGGCGCGCCCAAGGCCUCGCCGCCGCCUGCCAGCCAUCCUGGCGCGCAUGGGCCCCCUGCGGGCGCGCCGCUGCAACACCCCGCUUUCCUGCCCAGCCACGGACUGUACACCUGCCACAUCGGCAAGUUCUCCAACUGGACCAACGGCGCUUUCCUGGCACAGGGCUCACUGCUCAACAUGCGCUCCUUUCUGGGCGUUGGCACGCCCCACGCCGCGCCCCACGGCCCACACCUGCCCGCGCCGCCGCCUCCACCGCAGCCACCCGUGGCCGUUGCCCCCGGGAUGGUCCACGGCGACAAGGCCUCGGCCCGCAGCAGCCCCACGCUCCCAGAGAGAGACAUUGUCCCCAGGCCAGACUCGCCGCCACAGCAGUUAAAGUCGCCCUUCCAGCCAGUGCGCGACAACUCGCUGGCCCCGCAGGAGGGAACGCCGCGGAUCCUAGCAGCCCUCCCGUCUGCUUGAUUCAGGGUCUUAUUUUACUUUUGCGGGGGGAGGGGGGAGGAGUUCGGGAGGGGAGGGGAUGAAGCAGGAAUUAAGACAAAUAUUUCAGACUGGUACAAAGGACAAACAUGGCAACAACGUCAACGACUCCCAUCCAUCGCUUUCUGCAGAAAGGGGUUCGUCCCGACCGAGCUGGCGUCCCGGCAGCUGGCCUCCCCGGAGGCCGGCCCGGCCACCGUGGCUGUCACGGUGCUCUGGGCGAUUAUCGGCUCGGUAAAUGCCCUCACGUGCUUGUGUCUCUCUUUAUUUUCCUUUCUGUAUAUAGAGUGAUUUCAGAUUGUAAAUAGCGCGUCAGCGAACUUGUCUAAAUCAUAUAUUUUUGUCUAAUAAACUAAAUGAAAUGGUGCCACCGCUCCCGCUGCUGUGUGUGGCCGCCGCAGUCCCGGGCCCUGGAAUUCUGGCCGCCGGGGCCUGCGGCUCGGGGCGGAGAGGCCCGUCGCCGUUCCCGCCGGGAGGUGGCUGUUUCGCAGCCGUCUGGUGGUCGAAUUUGCGAUGUUGACACCAGGACAGUUUCUUGUUGGC